AUGGAAAUCUGGCCAGUUUCUUCAAACAUUGUUGUUGCACCACCUGAAAUCACAACCCUGUCUGGCAGACCAGCUAAGAAUGGGAAGAAGGAAGUUGAGGAAACAAAGAAGUCAGGAAAAUUGCCUAGAACUGGACUAGCAAUGACAUGUAGUGUGUGUCAUGUUAGAGGCCACAACAAAAGGGGUUGUCCUCACAGAGCACCAUUAGUAGAACCAACUGCACCAGCAGUAGCAACAAAUACUGGUUCAGGUAGGGAAAGAGGCAGAUCAAAGAAAACUCCAACAGAAGCAACUAAUACUGCUCCUCAAGGAAAAAAGGAUGGUUCAGGCAGGGGAAGAGGUAGACCAAAGAAAACUCCACCAGAAGCACCUAAUGCUGCUCCUACAGGAAAAAGUAAUAGUCCAGGCAGGGGAAGAGGCAGACCAAAGAAAACUUUAUUAAAAGUCAUUACUGAACCUCCACAAGGAAAAAAAGGAAGAGGGAGACCCAAAAGAAUAAUUUUAGUAGGUGCUACUACAACUCCUCUACCUACAGCACCUCCAGUACCUACUAUUUUUCCAGCAUCCUCUUCUGCACUUCCUGAUUUUUGUACAUUAUCUUCAAUAGCUGAAACUAUAAAAAGAGGAAUGGAUAGUGGUAGGGGAAACACUACUCCAUUCAAAAGGCAAAGAGUAGUAGGAAUGGGGCCUGGCAUGCCUAGAAGUAAGAUAUACUCUACUGGCAAGCAAAGGUGGCAAGAUCAGCUGAUGUAA